AUGAGCGAUCGAGAAAGGCUUAGAAUAUUGAUGGUGUCCGACUUUUUCUUCCCUAAUUUUGGUGGCGUGGAGAAUCACAUCUAUUACCUAUCACAAUGCUUGAUGAAACUUGGCCACAAGGUUGUUGUCAUGACACACGCUUACAAUAAUCGUUCGGGGGUCAGGUACAUGACCGGUGGCUUGAAAGUCUACUACGUACCAUGGAAACCAUUUCUCAUGCAGAACACGCUGCCCACAUUUUAUGGGACACUUCCAAUCGUGAGAACAAUCAUAAUUCGAGAAAGGAUAUCAUUGGUGCACGGGCAUCAAGCCUUUUCAACUUUAUGCCAUGAAGCCUUAAUGCAUGCGCGCACAAUGGGAUUCAAAGUCGUGUUUACCGAUCAUUCCCUUUAUGGUUUUGCUGAUGUGGGAAGUAUUCACAUGAACAAAGUCCUGCAGUUUACGCUGGCAGACGUGACUCAGGCCAUAUGCGUAUCGCAUAUGAGCAAGGAAAAUACGGUUCUUAGGUCUGGACUUCCGCCUGAGAAAGUUUUUGUUAUUCCGAAUGCUGUGGACACAGCCAUGUUCAAGCCUGCUCGAGAGAGAAUUAGUGCUGAUGAGGUCGUAAUAAUUGUGAUAAGUCGAUUGGUUUACCGUAAAGGGGUGGAUCUUCUUGUUGAGGUCAUCCCUGAAGUGUGUCGAUUGCAUCCAAAUGUACGGUUUAUUAUUGGUGGAGAUGGGCCUAAGAAAGUGCGGUUGGAUGAGAUGAGGGAAAAGCAUUCUCUUCAAGACAAAGUUGAUAUGUUGGGUGCUGUGCCCCAUGCUGAAGUUCAGUCGGUUUUGGUGAAGGGACACAUAUUCUUGAACAGUUCCUUAACAGAAGCAUUCUGUAUAGCCAUAUUGGAAGCUGCUAGUUGUGGGUUAUUAACCGUCAGCACCCGUGUUGGUGGUGUUCCUGAGGUUCUUCCAGAUGAUAUGAUUGUCCUUUCAGAGCCGGAUCCUAAUGACAUGGUGCUGGCAAUAAUGAAAGCAAUACACUUGCUUCCCCAGAUUGAUCCUCAGGCAAUGCACGAUCGUAUGAAAAAACUUUAUAGUUGGCAUGAUGUGGCCAAGAGGACAGAGAUUGUGUAUAACCGUGCUUUGAAGUGUUCCAAUCAGACUCUUGUUGAACGUCUGCCCAGAACAAUGCUAAAGGAACUCGAGAAAAUGCAGAGGCUUCAUUCACUGUGCAUGGAUGAUAAUGGCAUAGAAGAGAGACUGCUGCUUGUAAGCUCAAAUGCAGAUAAAAGUGCUACAGACUUGAAGGCAAGGAUUUAUGAAGAAUCCAAGAAAAUAUGGAAAGUUGCAACGCCUAGCGUCAUUUCGCGAGUGGCUUCUUUCGGAACGAUAGUCGUAACUCAAUCAUUUAUCGGGCACAUAAGCUCAGUGGACCUUGCUGCUUAUGCCCUCGUCCAAGCUGCAGGUGUCCGUUUCGUGAAUGGCAUAUUGAUAGGGAUGUCGAGCGCAACCGAGACCCUAUGCGGCCAAGCAUACGGAGCCAAGCAAUACCACAUGAUGGGAAUCUAUCUCCAACGCUCGUGGUUUAUCGACUUCAUCACCCUUACAAUCCUACUCCCACUCUUCCUAUACGCCGACCCGAUUUUCAACCUGCUCGGCGAACAACGCGAGAUUUCUAAAUCCGCGGGUUAUUUCUCCGUGUGGUUCAUACCAUUCGCGUACAGCCUCAUAUUCAGCCUGACCUUGCAGAUGUACCUUCAAGCCCAGCAGAAGAACGCGAUCAUCGCGUGGCUGUCGGCCUUCCAGCUGGCGAUCCAUGUGGCGCUCAGCUGGCUCUUUGUGAGCGUGCUCGGUUUUGGGGCAGCGGGGGCAAUGGGGGCUCUCUCGGUGGCCUCGUGGUUCGUGGUGUUUGGGGAGUUUGCUUACGUGUUUGGAGGGUGGUGCCAGGACACGUGGAAGGGGUUUACGCUGGCGGCCUUCCGGGACUUGGUGCCGGUCGUGAAGCUCUCAAUCUCAUCUGGGAUCAUGUUCUGCUUGGAAUUGUGGUACUUAGCAAUUCUGGUUUUACUAGCUGGGUACCUCAAAAAUGCUGAAACCGCCAUAUCCACCUUCUCCAUUUG